UCCGCUCAUUCAGUCUCUCUGUUCAGUGCGCGCAGGGAGGGUGAAUUGAUGUCAUCGUUGAAGCGUUGCGCAGGGAAACAUCAUCUGGCUCGGUUUAACGUGGGAAUGAACAGGAUCAGCUUUCCGGGACUUUUUAUGAUAUUUUUUUCAACAGAUUGAAAACAGAUUCCACCGGAAUAUGGAAGGAUUAAAGGAACAGCAAACUGAAACCAAAGGUCGCGACUUUGAGGUCUGGGACCGUUUCUGUUUCUUUUUAGGUGUCUGAUCGCUAUCAGAAUAUAACAGUUUGAUCGUUGAGAAUGACAAUAUCGAGCAUUAUUUAGUGACAAGAUAUAAUAUGUUAUUAGUAGAGCUUUAUGGGAUGUGUUAGCCUACUACUAAUGGAUUGGAGGACUGGACGUCUGUGAGUGGAUUUUACAUUUGCGUUUGACAGAGGGAAAGGUAAGAGGACCAGCUCUUCCCUUCACACCUCUUGUGCUAAAGUUCAUCGCUUCAGAACUCGCUCUUUGUGCACUUUUGUGUUGGUGUGUGUGUGUGUGUGUGUGUGUGUGUGUGUGUGUGUGUGUGUGUGUGUGUGUGUGUGUGUGUGUAUACGUCGGACGGACAUGUGACGAGAAACCAGAAAUAUGGAUUACCUCUCUCCCACCAACAUCUCCCAAGAUGCAUCCCUUCUCUUCUCCGACGCCGGUCUCCACGGCGAUGACCUAUACCCCGGCUACCAUGCCUACGACCCCGGCAUCGACGACCCCCCAACGGAAGAGUCGUCGUCGCCCCUCCAGUCUCUCUACGCAGACACUCCCCUCCUGGAUUUGGGAGACUUGGGGGGGUACGGUCCCGGCGUGGGGGGCUAUGGGGACAGCUCUCUGGCAGGACUGGGGGACAGUACUAAGCUAGUAGGGGUCCAGGUGGUUUUAAUCCUGGCCUACAGUACCAUUAUACUACUAGGAGUAGUGGGGAACUCUCUGGUCAUAUACGUGGUGUAUCGCUUCAAGACGCUGAGGACCGUGACUAACUUCUUCAUAGCUAACCUCGCCGUCGCUGACCUCCUGGUGAAUACAUUAUGUCUCCCCUUCACAUUGGUCUAUACUCUGCUCGGGGAGUGGAAGUUUGGCCAGGUACUUUGUUUCCUGCUUCCUUAUGCACAGGGAUUGGCUGUCCACGUAUCCACGGUGACGCUCAACGUCAUAGCCCUCGAUAGACACAGGUGUAUAGUGUACCACCUGGAGACCAGGAUGAGAAAGGAUGUGUGUUUCGGGGUGAUUGCCGCCACAUGGGUACUGAGUGCGGUGCUGGCCAGUCCACUAGCUAUCUUCAGAGAGUAUGGUACCUUCAAUCUGGCUCCAGGACAGCCUAUACAGGUGUGUACAGAGAAGUGGCCGGGCAGCUCGACAGACGGGACAGUCUAUUCCAUCUCCAUGCUCCUCCUCCAGUACGUUCUCCCUCUAGCCGUCAUCUCCUUCGCCUACGCUCGUAUCUGGUCCAAGCUCCGUUCCCACAUGUCCCCCGCAGGCCGCAAUGACCGCCACCGCCGCCGACGCAAAACCACCAAGAUGCUGGUGACCGUGGUCGUGGUGUUUGCGGUCAGCUGGCUGCCGUUCCACGCUUUUCAAUUGGCCACGGAUAUCGACGGCUUCACCUUGGACAUGAGGGAUUUUAGACUGCUGUACACGCUGUUCCACGUGGUGGCCAUGUGCUCAACGUUCGCCAACCCUUUGCUCUACGGGUGGAUGAACAGCAACUAUCGCACCGCGUUCACGACCGUGUUCCGCUGUGACCAGAGAAUGGAUAGUGUGCAUCCGGAGGGAGGAAGAGGGAAGGGAGGAAGAGGGAAGGGAAUGAAGCUGGAUCUGGAGGCCCAGGACGUUGUGACAAACCAUCUCAAUGCUACAGACCUCUGAGGGGGAAGGAGAGAGAGAAUUAGAGACAGAAGGAGGGAGAGAGAGAGGGAGAGAGAGGGAGAGAGAGAGAGAGAGAGAGAGAGAGACAGGGAGAGACCGAUAUGGGGAGAGGCAGAUGAAGAGAGAAAGAUGGAGAGACAAGGACAGAGAUUAUCAGAAAGAACGGGAGAACAAUAGAAUGUGAGAGGGAUGAGAAGAGACUGAAGAGAGAACCACAAGAUGAGGUGGAAACUGAGCUGCACUUCCUAACCUCCUGCCCAAUGUAUGACCAUAUUAGAGACACAUAUUUCCCCUCAGAUUACACAGACCCACAAAGAAUUAGAAAACAAAUCCAAUUCUGAUAAACUCCCAUAUCUACUGGGUGAAAUUCCACAGUGUGCCGUCACAGCAGCAAGAUUUGUGACCUGUUGCCACGAGAAAAGGGCAACCAGUGAAGAACAAACACCAUUGUAAAUACAACCCAUAUUUAUGCUUAUUUAUUUUCCCUUGUGUACUUUAACCAUUUGUACUUUGUUACAACACUGUAUAUAUAUAAUAUGACAUUUGUAAUGUCUUUAUUGUUUUGAAACUUCUGUAUGUGUAAUGUUUACUGUUAAUUUUUAUUGUUUAUUUCACUUUUGUAUAUUAUCUACCUCAUUUGCUUUGGCAAUGUUAACACAUGUUUCUCAUGUCAAUAAAGCCCUUGAAUUGAGAGAGAGAUAACCCACUGUUCACAUGAUAAAAGGAUGACGUGAAUGAGAGAUAACCCACUGUUCAUGAUAAAAUUAUGAUGUUAUAGAGAUAACCCACUGUUCCCAUGAUAAAAGGAUGACGUGAAUGAGAGAACCCACUGUUCACAUGAUAAAAGGAUGACGUGAAUGAGAGAUAACCCACUGUUCAUGAUAAAAGGAUGAUGUUAUAGAGAGAUAACCCACUGUUCAUGAUAAAAUUAUGAUGUUAUAGAGAUAACCCACUGUUCAUGAUAAAAGGAUGAUGUGAAUGAGAGAUAACCCACUGUUCAUGAUAAAAGGAUGACGUGAAUGAGAGAUAACCCACUGUACCCAUGAUAAAAUGAUGAUGUUGUAGAGAGAUAACCCACUGUUCAUGAUAAAAUGAUGAUUUUAUAGAGAGAUAACCUACUGUUCCCAUGAUAAAAUGAUGUUAUAGAGAGAUAACCCACUGUUCAUGAUAAAAGGAUGUUGUUGUAGAGAGAUAACCCACUGUUCAUGAUAAAAUUAUGUUACAGAGAGAUAACCCACUGUUCAUGAUAAAAUUAUGAUGGUAUAGAGAGAUAACCCACUGUUCAUGAUAAAAUUAUGUUACAGAGAGAUAACCCACUGUUCAUGAUAAAAUUAUGAUGGUAUAGAGAGAUAACCCACUGUUCAUGAUAAAAUUAUGUUACAGAGAGAUAACCCCCUGUUCAUGAUAAAAUUAUGUUACAGAGAGAUAACCCACUGUUCAUGAUAAAAUUAUGAUGGUAUAGAGAGAUAACCCACUGUUCAUGAUAAAAUUAUGUUACAGAGAGAUAACCCACUGUUCAUGAUAAAAUUAUGUUACAGAGAGAUAACCCACUGUUCCCAUGAUUAAAAGGAAAAUGAAUGUCAGAGAUGGGAUGAAGAAAAAAAGAUUAUGAGAUAAAAAAAAAUUUAAAAAACCCGAAAGGAGCUUAAAGUUUUAAUGAGUUCAAUUUAAUGGGUCGGGACAGGCUGGCUGGGCAGUGGUGACAUGUAUUCAGUCUCAAAUCACAGAAUGUUUUAGGGUUGUUGAUUUAGAGUAGUUUGAAACGUUGACUCUGUUCCAAAUGCCACCCUAUUCCCUAUCAGGGCCCUGGUCAAUAGUAGUGCACUGUUAAGGAGAAUACGGUGCCAUUUGAUGGGGCACCAUGGCCUCAUUUGUGGGGUGAAUUAAAAAAUAAAUGUGUGCCAAACUUUAAUAAAGGUUCA